ACAACACCGCAAUAAUAACGGGAAGUGGUGUUAUUUAUUAGUAACUGUAGAUGUAAGGUAGAGUUCACUUUUACUGGCGCCUUUAAUGACACUGUUUGCUGCGCCCGGGAUUUGUUUUAGGUAGCAUUAGAGGCUGUUUACUUCACCGGGAAGCCCUCCACUGGUACGCCUGUGAUAACUUGCCGAGGAAAAACUUGGACUCAUAUUUUCGUUUGACUCUACUUUUCUUGUGUGAUCCCGUAAGUAAAGCGUGUGACCAGUCAAGAUGGCCUCUACCUCCGAGUCGGACAAACCGGCCGUUUCCAACGUGGAAGAGGAAAGAACUCGUCUCCGCGGUGAGUUUGCUGCAAUAGCGGGAACCGACAGCGCUGUGGCUCAGCGCUACCUGGCUGAAAACGAAUGGGAGAUGGAGAGAGCUUUGGACGCAUUCUUUGAGGCCGACAUGGAGGAAGUAUUUGGUGUAGAAGAUUAUCCAGAGACAGACACCAGCCCUAAAGCGAAGAGGCAGGAAAUCGAUGAAAAACCUGCGGUGGACUGCAUAGAUUUGACCACAGACAGUCCUGCCUCCACACACACACCCCCAGAGGAAGAUGACAGUAAACUGUCAGUGAUCUCCUGGAACGUGGACGGACUUGAUACAGACAACCUUGCAGAGCGUGCCAGAGGCCUGUGCUCCUAUUUAGUCUUAUACACUCCUGACGUGGUCUUCCUACAGGAGCUCAUUCCACCCUACGUCCAGUACUUGAAGAAACGGGCUGUCAGCUACCUGAUCAUUGAAGGUGGAGAAAAUCAUUACUUCACUGGGAUGAUGCUGAAGAGGUCACGUGUCAAACUGGUGGAGAGCGAGAUAGUAACUUACCCCUCCACGCAGAUGAAGAGGAAUCUGCUUUUAGCUCAGGUGGAUUUCAAAGGCCAGAAGCUGUGUCUUAUGACGUCCCACCUUGAGAGCUGUAAGGGCCAUGCAGAGGAGCGGAUGAAGCAGCUGCGAGUUGUGAUGCGGAGGAUGAGCGAGGCCCCCGACAAUGUCACCGUCCUGUUUGGAGGGGACACUAACCUGAGGGACACUGAGGUGGCCAAGGUGGGCCUGCCCUCAAGUGUCUGUGAUGUCUGGGAGCAACUGGGCAAGCAGGAGCACUGCCGCUACACAUGGGACACCAAAACCAACAACAACAAGAACAUUCCCUUUGUCAGUCGCUGCCGCUUCGACCGGGUCUACCUACGCCCGGCAACCAAGGAUGGAGUCCCGCGUCUGGCACCCGACCACAUGGCCCUGGUGGGGCUGGAGAAGCUGGACUGUGGACGCUACACUAGCGAUCACUGGGGAAUCUACUGCAGCUUCUCUUCUGGGUAGACAUGCACAGAAUGAGCUGAAACUUGCAAGUGGAAGCUUUUGUUUUAGGUCAUUUGUAUUUGUAGUUUGUAUUGUGUGUUUUGCAGUGCCAGUGCAGACUGUUCCAACAUCGCCACUCGGUUCAGACCACCUUUCUCUGUGAAAGAAGAUGUUCUUACCUUUUCUGAGAUUUGUUGCCUGUAAAUUUUAUAUCUUGAUUUGAUUCAUUUUAUCUUUGAAUGUGUCUCUUGUUGGAGGCUUUGCUCAAUUUUUUUCCUGUACUUAAAAUAACCAAAUAAAUGAAGAUGUUAAAAUA